AUGAUGAACAGAAGUCCUUCUCGAUCUGAUAUCUCCACAACAGAAUUAUCAGGCGUAGAUCUUUCUCAAUAUAAGGAAGAAUUGAACAGAGAAAGAAACUCCAGAACUUUAACUCUCAGAAGAAUGAAUAGACCGACUUUAAAGAGCGUCUUUGGCAAUCUCCAGCAGAAAAGCAGACAACCCAUUUCACUUUCUGACAAUAAGCAAAAUGUUAUUAAUGAUGCUGUUACAACACUUCAAUCAGGUGAUGAAUCGGCGAUUCAGUCCUUCUGUCAAGAUAUCAUCAAUACCGAAUUAGUAAGUGUAUCCAAUUUGGCGUAUCUUGCUCACAGUCCUGAAGUUGCAGAAGCUAUGGGUAACGCUGCAUUAAAUCCUGUUUCAGAAAACACGAUUGUUUCAUUACUUGGAGCGAUUUCGAAUCUAUUCCCAUUAUCAGGAUCAAAUGAUACAGCGUUUAUUGAUACAGGAAUUGUUUUUUCCCUUCCAGAAUUUAUUGAAAAUCCAAAUUUAAUAAAUGCUUCAGUAACAUUCAUCGGAUGCAUCAGCGAAACAAGUUCAUAUGCCCGUGAUGCUAUUCUGUGCAAUGAACUUCACGUAAGUCUUUGCCAAAUCGCACUUCAAUCAGAAUCAGACGAAUUAACAGUUAAUGUUUGCGAAGCUAUCCGAAAAAUAUUUGCUAACAAUGCCGAGAUAGACUUCCAAAUUUUAAGCGAUUCUGUCAAUCCAAUUGCCGAUUUAUUAAAUUUAACAAAUCUUACAGCACUUCACUCUAUUAUCGCUACUUUUACGGAAAUGGCAUGCAAAAUGUCAACGCUCGUUCUGAAAUACGAUCAAAUCGGACUUUAUUCAAAAGUUAUCGAAUUUAUUCAGAACGAAAACCUUACAGACGUUACUCUCAAACUCAUUGGUGUCCUCUCCAUAGGCCAACCCUCCCACGUCAGGGCUAUGUUCGAAGGAGGACUGUUUGAUUUGUUAAUGAAGUUAUUAGACACAGAAUUUUGCCCGGAUGUAUUUUGGAUCUUCUCCAAUUUGAUCGAAACCCUUGGUGGAGCUGCUCUCCAGUUCUUCGACCCAUCUUUUAUUACUCAUGUCGUUGAAAUCUCCGAAAGCGCUUCAUUCGUCGUUAAGAAAGAAGCAGCCUUCUUCCUUUCAACGUAUGCAUUAUUCUCAGACCCAGAAGUCCUUUACAGCUUCUUAAACGAAGCAAUAUUAGAUAUAUUAGUUGAAAUGCUCGGUUGUGGCGUUUCAAUCAUCAUGAAUAGAAUCAUUGAUAUCAUAGUAAGAAUGGUCCACCAGCUCCAGAUGGGAUCAAUGACUGAUGACUUUGUAAAUUUGAUUACUGAAUCAGAUUUAAGGAAAAGAUUAGAAGAUAUUACAGAACAACAAAGUGGAAUUGUUGCUGAGCGUGCCCAGUACUUGCUCGGCUUAUUAGACUCUAUCGAUAACUAA